AGCUCCCGCCGGGCGGAGCCGCGGCUGCAGAGUCCAGCGGCGGGACUGACCUCUAGCUGUGCAGGCGGCAGGCGCCGCGCGCCCCCUCCCCCACCGGCCAGCCCCCCUCGGAGCGCCCUCCCCGCUCCCCGAAACCGAGCUGCACAUGGUGAUGAGUUUCCGGGUGUCUGAGCUGCAGGUGCUCCUUGGCUUUGCUGGCCGGAACAAGAGUGGACGGAAGCACGAACUCCUGGCCAAGGCCCUGCACCUCCUCAAGUCCAGCUGUGCCCCCAGCGUCCAGAUGAAGAUCAAAGAGCUUUACCGCCGGCGCUUCCCCCGCAAGACACUGGGGCCCUCUGAUCUCUCCCUUCUCUCUCUGCCCCCCGGAACCCCUCCGGUGGGCUCCUCUGGUCCUCUAGCUCCCAUCCCCCCGGCCCUCUUGGCCCCUGGCACCUUGCUGGGCCCCAAGCGUGAAGUGGACAUGCACCCCCCUUUGCCCCAGCCUGUGCACCCCGAUGUCACCAUGAAACCAUUGCCCUUCUAUGAAGUCUACGGGGAGCUCAUCCGGCCCACCACCCUCGCGUCCAUCUCUAGCCAGCGUUUUGAGGAAGCGCACUUCACGUUUGCGCUCACGCCCCAGCAAGUGCAGCAGAUCCUCACGUCCAGAGAGGUCCUGCCGGGAGCCAAAAUGCGAUUAUACAUCCAGGUGCAGCUAAGGUUCUGUCUCUGUGAGACCAGCUGCCCCCAGGAGGAUUAUUUCCCCCCCAACCUCUUUGUCAAGGUCAAUGGGAAACUGUGCCCCCUGCCGGGUUACCUUCCUCCCACCAAGAAUGGGGCUGAGCCAAAGAGGCCCAGCCGCCCCAUCAACAUCACUCCCCUGGCUCGACUCUCGGCCACUGUUCCCAACACCAUCGUGGUCAACUGGUCAUCUGAGUUCGGACGGAAUUACUCCUUGUCUGUGUACCUGGUGAGGCAGCUGACGGCAGGGACCCUUCUACAGAAACUCAGAGCAAAGGGCAUCCGGAACCCAGACCACUCCCGGGCACUGAUCAAGGAGAAACUGACCGCUGACCCGGACAGUGAGGUGGCCACCACAAGUCUCCGGGUGUCACUCAUGUGCCCGCUCGGGAAGAUGCGCUUGACUGUCCCUUGUCGUGCCCUCACCUGCGCCCACCUGCAGAGCUUCGAUGCUGCCCUGUAUCUGCAGAUGAAUGAGAAGAAGCCAACGUGGACGUGUCCUGUGUGUGACAAGAAGGCUCCCUAUGAAUCUCUUAUCAUUGAUGGUUUAUUCAUGGAGAUUCUUAAUUCCUGUUCGGACUGUGAUGAGAUCCAGUUCAUGGAAGAUGGAUCCUGGUGCCCAUUGAAACCCAAGAAGGAGGCAUCUGAGGUUUGCCCCCCGCCAGGGUAUGGGCUGGAUGGCCCCCAGUACAGCCCAGUCCAAGAGGGCAAUCCAUCAGAGAAUAAGAAGAAGGUUGAAGUUAUUGACCUGACAAUAGAAAGCUCAUCAGAUGAGGAGGAGGACCUGCCCCCGACCAAGAAGCAUUGCCCUGUCACCUCAGCUGCCAUCCCGGCUCUGCCUGGAAGCAAAGGGGUCCUGGCAUCUGGUCACCAGCCGGCGUCGUCGGUGCUGCGGAGCCCUGCGAUGGGGGCGCUGGGCAGCGAGUUCCUGUCCAGUCUCCCACUGCACGAGUACCCACCUGCCUUCCCCCUGGGGGCGGACAUCCAAGGUUUAGAUUUAUUUUCUUUCCUUCAGACUGAAAGUCAGCACUACGGCCCCUCCGUCAUCACCUCGCUAGAUGAGCAGGAUGCCCUUGGCCAUUUCUUCCAGUACCGAGGGACCCCUUCCCACUUCCUGGGCCCAUUAGCCCCCGCACUGGGGAACUCUCACCGCAGCACCACUCCAGCACCCCCUCCUGGCCGAGUCAGUAGCAUUGUGGCUCCUGGGGGGGCCUUGAGGGAGGGGCACGGAGGACCCCUGCCCCCAGGCCCCUCUUUGACUGGCUGCAGGUCAGACAUCAUUUCCCUGGACUGAGUCCCCUGGAUUAUGGAACCUUCACUGUCUCCCAGCAAAAAUGGGCAAGGAUGCUGUGGAGUCCAGAGCCCUGGCCACUCUGCCCCUGAGGGGGGGUUUGGCCACAGGCAAGAAAGACCUUCACAGACACUAGUUUUUGGCCUCAUUUCUGCCUGACAAGGCCGGCAUCCAAAGGGUUAAUAUUUAACCUCUUUUAAAGGACAUUGGGUCCUUCCUACUUUUUGAAGUGUUCUUGAGAUGGCUGGCAUAUCCCUUUGGGUAUGUUAGCGAAGGCAGUGGGAGGCAGAUGGGAUGGGGUGGGAGUUGCGGGGAGGGCUGAAUUCUAUGCCCUCUCUUCCCAGUCCCCGAACCAUGGCUCAGUUCCGUCCCCAGAGCCACUGUCUCUUCAUGUCCAUCUGUUCUCUUUGGCCAAACAGACAGGUGGAGAACUAAGACAGACAGACACAUGCACAGAGAACUCUAUUUUGGGUUGUAGAUUUUUUGUACAUAAACAAGGAAAACCAAAAUACAUCCAAAGACGACUUCCCCUGCCUCCUACUUCCCAGUGUAUCUCCCUGAGGCAGAGACAUGGCCUUAGCCCUGACCCCCAGGAGUCUGGGAGCAGGGCCCGGCCGAUGCCUGGGGCUCUCUCUAUUUAUAUAUUUAAGUUCACAGUGUUUCUCACGCUGACCAGCCCAGUGCCCGCGCCUCUAAAGGCCCGCAGCCUGUGGUGAGGUCUGGCUGACUCUGCACCUUUCCUGGGAGGUGGGAGGACCCUUGUGUUGUCCCCAGUCUCCUUUUUCAGGCUCCUCCAGGGCCUAGGACCUCUGUUGUAAUUUUACUUUUUAUUCCCAAAGUUGUAGCAAAGUUCUUACCCAUAAUAAAGGUUGUGAAUCUUCAAAAAAAAAAAAAAAAAA